UUUUAAAAGCACAACAAAAGCACUCAGCGUCAACUCACAAGACAUCUCAAAUCCAGGUUGAAGGUGUAUGUAGGGAGGGGGGAAAAAACGAAAGAUGAAGCGAAAUAGUUCAACGCUAACCGCCUCCUCUCGAGCUGUGAAAAGAUCCACGUCGGGGAUGCAGCGAGUCCUCCAAAGUUCGAGAUACACGGGCAGCUUCACGGGUUUCCAGAGCCGGAAAGGCUCCAGGAUGCUUUCAGACAGUAAAAUGGGAAGAAGCAUCGUUCAUAGGAAAGCCAUCCGGGUGCUGGAUGAGGACGGCAAUGAUGUGACACCGCGGCCGCUGUAUGAGCCCGAGCCCAAGGACCCGCAUGCCAAGCCACAGAGAUUCUUUUUCGAUGAUUUCUACUCCAGAUGGGACACUUCCAAAUCGUCCUCCUUCUCUCAUGUGCCCUCUUCCGGGUUAUGUAUGUGGAGCACCAGUCUCCCCAGCCUGUCGACCAGAGCCUCACUGGCCUCUCAAAGUCGUGUGGGCUUUAUCAAGUUGGACACCAGCCAGCCACUCGAUUCAACGAGACAAGCGGUCGCUGGGGGACAACAGGCGUCGAAGGAGAUGGCUUUGGAUGAGGUUUUGAACAUCUACUUGACUGAGACGGACACCAUCACACUUCUGGAUCUGCCCAGCACCUGUAUGUCCGAGGAGGCUGAAAACGCACAGGCUGUUAAGGAGAGUAACAUCCUCUAUAUUGAGUUGUGCAACAACAGAUUGGGCAAUGACAAGUACGUUGCGCGAGCCAUGCAGACGUUCGUCGGCGCAGCGAAACACAAAAAACUCCAGAGCGAAAAGAUUGUCAUGCACGAUCAAGGCACCAUCGCCACCAUCUGGGAAAUCUACGACUCGUUCCAGAACGGAGCUCCGAAAGCUGAGAAAGCCGGUGCUGGGGAAUGCACCGUGGAUGUUAGCAAAGAUCUGGAGCGCAUGAGAAGCUUCAGCAGCAUCAGCACAAUAAGCACCGUCAGUACCGGUAGCUCCCUGUUUUCCAUCAAGAUGCAAGGGGGCGAUCUCAGCGACGUGCCAGAGCUUCAGCUGAUCUUCAAGUCGGAGACGUUCCAACGCAAUUUGCUCAUCAUGGAACGCUGCCUCGUCGCCAACAUUUUUCAACCCAAGCUGGCCGCUUACAGAAACCUCCCGGAGAUAAAAGUGCUGCCUCCUGAGCCUGAGUGUGAGAAGCUGGACAAGGAAGAGGAGGAGGAGGAGGAAGAGGAGGUAGAGAUGGUGGGGGAGGAGGUGAAGGAGCUUAAGGAGGAGGUGAAGGAGCUGAAGGAGGAAGAGGAGCAGGUGAAAGAGGAAGAGAAUGAGGAGGGAAAGGAAGAAGGGGAGGAGGAGGAGGAGGAAGAGGAAGCGGCCGAUCCAUCUCUGGAACUUCUCUGGACCUUUAGUUGCGAGCUCAGCAAAGGACGAAACAUCACCUGCAUGGCUUGGAACAAAAAGAACUCGGAUCUGCUUGCAGUGGGCUACGGUGACUUCUGCCCUGGGAGAACAGGCCUAAUCUGCUGCUGGUCCAUAAAAAACUUGAGCUGGCCAGAGCGUCACUACCACUGUCACAGCAGCAUCACAGCGCUGGAUUUCUCCUCCACUAACCCCGACAAACUGGCAGUGGGGCUGCACGACGGCACGGUCGCCAUCUUCAGUGUGCGCAAUCGAGACAGCCACACAUUCCUCGCCAGCAGCAUGGAUUGCAGUCGGAGGCACGUUCAUCCAGUCUGGCAAAUCACCUGGGCCAAACAAGAAUUGGGCCUUUCUGAAGAGGACACAGUGGAAUCCAUCGUGUCCGUGUCGGAGGACGGACGUGUCCUCAAGUGGCUCCUGUGCAGCCACGGCCUGGAGGGCAUUGACAUGCUGGAACUGAGGAGAAUCCAAGACGGCAUCAAGAAGGCCGAAGGCAACAAAACCAAGAAAGAGGGUAUUUUAGUUUCCACCGCGACGCCUGGUCUUUGUUUGGAUUUUCACCCCAAAGAUCCCAGUAUCUACUUGGCUGGCACGUCAGAAGGCGUUAUCCACAAGUGCUCCGUGUCCAACCAUCAUCAUUACCUGGCCCUUUAUCAGAAACACCUUUGCCCAGUCAACCAAGUGGAAUGGUCACCAUUUAGCCUCGACGUUUUCCUGAGCUGCUCCGCUGACUGGACCAUCCAGCUAUGGAAGGAGGACUGCCUGAUGCCGGUAAUGGGCUUCACCUCCAUCCAGAGUCCCGUGCUUUCCGUCAGUUGGUGCCCACUCUGGCCCUCGGUAUUUGCCUCCAUCAAAAGUGAACAGCUGGAGAUUUGGGACCUGAACUCUUCCUUGCUGGACCCAGUCAUCGUUGAGCCCGCCGCACGAGGCAUCACCAUGACGUCCUUCCUCUUCGCCAGGAGCUCAGAUUGCAUCCUGGUCGGGGACUCUAGUGGACAAGUGAACUUCUACAGGAUCAAGGACCUCAGCGUUGGGCCGGGCAAGACGGUGCCAAGUUUGAAAGAACUCAUUCACUUUCCUUCCAGUAGUUAGUAGUUUUAACAAACAAAUUAAGUGCUACUGACAUGUCCCUAAAAGUAUUUUUGUUUCAAUCAGUGUCUGAUGUGGUCCAUGUGACCGUCAACAUGUAUGUAUGUAUAAUCUACCCAAUGCUUCCAUGUGACUCUCAAUUAGAGUUUCAUGUUUUUUAUUUGAGUCACGUUUCAAGUUUCUAUUGGAGUCAUGUUUCUUCUUGAGUCUUGUUUCAUGUGGGAAAUGGAACUUACUAUAUGACAAAAAUUAUAAGGAAACAUAAUACACAUUAAUGAAAUGUAAAUUUAAUACCCAUAUUACCAUACAAAUCGAUACACACAAGUCACUGAUGGUGUCGUGGUGCAUUCUUUCCCAUUCUUGCUUGAUGUACAGCUUCAGCUGUUCAACAG